CCCGUUCCAUUCCGUUCCAUCCAAUGGCCUGCCGAAAUAUAAAACCAACGGCGCUCCUCGAUCGCAUCGACGGACCAGACAACAGCGAUCAUGAGCCGCAUACACCCCAACGCGGAGGCCUCCAGGCGUCUCCUGCGGGACGGCGCCGGCGCCGGCGCCGCCGAGGCGGCGCCGGCGUGCUACACGGUCUGGAUGAGGUCCAGCAUGGGCUUCCAGGGCACCGACGGCUUCUCCGUCUACGACGCCGGCGGCGAGCUGGCCUUCCGCGUCGACAACUACUCCCGCCGCCGGAAGAUCUUCGCCGGCGAGCUCACGCUCAUGGACGGCCACGGCGCGCCGCUCCUCUCCCUCAGGCCGCAGAUCAUCAGCAUGCACGACCAAUGGAACUGCUACAAAGCACCAGAAGAAGGCCAAGCAAAGAGGGCAAGAUCACAGCAGCUCUUCUCGGUGAGGAAAUGCUCGGUCCUGCAGAACAACCGUGAAGCAGAAGUUUACAUGUCUUCAGCCUGCACCACCACCACCACCACCACCACCACCGACGCAUCAGCAUCAGACCAUGGCACCACUGGCCACCAGUCCCCCGGCUUCUGGAUCGAGGGCUGCUUCCGGAGGAGAAACUGCAAGAUCCGCAGGGCUCACGACGGCAAAGAGGUGGCGAGGAUCGCGAGGAAGAAGGCGAGGACACCUGCGACGCCUGACACGGCGCCUCUGACACUCGGCGAGGACGUCUUCAGCCUCGUGGUGCAACGGGACGCCGAUUGCACGAUGAUCAUGGCCCUCGUCGUCGUUCUGGACCGGAUCUGCUGGAGGCCGUAUACGCCGUUGAUAUGUUCUUCGUAGCCCGCGCUGAGGCGGUGAUCGACGAACCUCUGUUCGUUUUACACAAGGAAAUGUAGAUGCUUUUUUUCCAGUUCUUCAAGUGACUGUCGCCUGAAGCAAGCAAGAGCCAGUGGAGAUGAAGUGCUGUUCAGUUAGUUGCAGCUGUGGGUUGGCUGAAAGCCUGAUCUAACUUGUAGUAAAACGUCGAACAAAGUUCUGACAUGCAGCAAUGCGGUGCAUCAAAAAUGAAAUCCCAACAAUAUGAAUCUCGGACUUGAAA